CUGCCCGCUCUAAGUGCCUGCGGGACGCGACGCAAAAUGGGCGCCCGCAGCCUCCGUCGGGGUCAGGCAGUCCUGCCGGCAGCCCCGGCCCUGAGCGGAGGCGGGGCCUCGCGAGGCGGCCCCAAGAUGGCGGCCGGGAGGUGGCGGCCGAGCUUGGGCGUGCUGCUCUGUGCGUUCCACGUGCAGGCCGCUUGCCGCGGGAGCGCCGUCUCACAGGAGCUGCUGAAGGAGGGCUUCCACAGGGAACUGCUCGUGAAGGCGGAGCUGGGUGGAAGAGGGCAGUGGGCAGUGGGAUGCACGGUGGCUGCUAGAACUCAGCUGCCGCCGGGAGUCUACGUGGAUCCCUAUGAGCUGGCAUCGCUGCAGCAGCACAAUGUAACAAAGGCGGUGCUGAUUCCUGAUGUCAUUGAUGUGGAGGCUCCCGAGUACUCAGCUACAGACCUUACAGUUCUGCUGUCCCUGCAGCCCGACCCUCGCUGUUCACGCUGUUUCAGAGCAGCGUUGCCUGUACACGGGCGGUACCACCGACCAGCAGGAAACGGUGGGGAUGCGUUGGUUGCUCUGAAGAGUGCAGAAAUACUGGUCUGCUGCUGUGGCGAGAGCCUGUCACCGGAGUGCUGGCAGCCUGCUGAAGUGGACGCUCCCUGCUCAGGGAAUAAGGACCACCUCUGUCAGUGGUACAGCGCAACACACCAACCUGAGUAUGAAGAAUUGAUUCUGCGGGUCCCGGUGGGGCUCACACAACAUAGUUUCUUAGUGUGUGUCGUGACUCUUCUUGCCACCGUGCUCUGUUCCAGCCUGAUUCUUGCAGCUGUAUGCAAAUACGGAGACUUCUCUCUGGUGACCUGCUUGGAAUAAAGAAGUGCAAAAUGACUGAGCUCCGUCCAGCAAAACUAACUACUGUUAUUUACAUCUUGGCAAUGCACGAGGGCGCCCUAAUGGACUGUCAUUCUCCUGUACAAAGGCAGCAGCAGUCAGGAGCAGAAUCUGUCUCUAGUUCCUUACUCUAGGCCAUGGUCUGCUUUGGCUACAGUGCUUCUCCUUGCAGAGGUGUUUGUAUUUCUUGAAUUUAAAUGAAUUGACUUGAGAAGUGGGUGUUAAGGCUAUGAAAAACAUCUAAUCCUUCAA